AUUGAUUAAAUCCAUUGAAUACCGCAUACUGGUAUAGACAAUGAAGAGAAAUCAAAUAGUAUCAGAUUUUGUCACUAAUAUCUCAAAUGGAGUAACAUAUGCAAACCAACAUUGCACAAUGUAUGUUGAUGUGGGUGGACCUAUCAACAUGCUAGCGGCAAACAAAGACAGCUCUAUGAUAGCAGUUGCUGGACGAACUAUUUUGAAAAUAUAUUCAGUAGAUGACACUUGUUUUAAGGAAAAAAUAAACUUGAGAGUCGGAAGAAGACAAGGGCUCAAUUUAAGCUGUGCUGAUGUGGCAUGGAAUCAUUUAAAUGAAAGUUUAAUCGCAACUGCUGCUACAAAUGGAGCUAUCAUUGCAUGGGACUUAAGUGCAUCAGGCAGAAAUAAACAACUCGAAAUAUUUACUGACCAUAAAAGGACUGUUACAAAAGUAUGUUUUCAUAGUUCUGAGCCUGGGAGAUUGCUUAGUGGUUCUCAAGAUUGUACAAUGAAAAUGUUUGACAUGAGAAAAAAGGAAUGUAUUGCCAGUUUCUCCAGUAAAACUGAUGGUGUUCGAUGUGUGCAAUUUUCUCCUCAUGAAUAUUUUCAAUUUGCGGCAUCGUUUGACAAUGGUUCUGUUCAAGUUUGGGAUUACAGAAACACAAGUUCCUGUUUGAUGCAGUUCAUAGCCCAUAAAGGAUCUGUUUAUUCAAUUGAUUGGCAUCCGGAUGCCAAAGAUAAACAAAGAAUUGCAACAGGAGGCAGAGACAAUAAAGUCAAAAUUUGGGAUAUGAUAGAUCACAAAAUGUCUGAGCAUAUGGUGAUACCAACAAAUUCUUUAGUUGCCAUGGCUCGGUGGAGAACGCAACGACGAGAACAGAUUGCAAGUGUAGCAAUGAUGCUGGACCAUUCUAUCAAUGUAUGGGAUAUGAGACGACCAUACAUGCCGUUUGCUCAUUUUACAGAACACACUGAUGUUACAACUGGUAUAGCGUGGAAAAAAAAUGAUCCAGAAAUUCUAUUUUCAUGUUCUAAAGAUGGGACUCUAUAUCAACAUUCCAUUAGAGAUGCACAUCGCCCAUCAGAACACUGUAACAUUUCUGGUCUUUCUGUAAGCGCUAGAGGAUAUAUAGGACAUGCGUCCACUGAUAGUACAAAUUCAUAUGAUGCCAUACCUAGUACUAAGACUAAAGGAAUGACGCGGUUUGGUUUUAGAACUGUUGUUGGGGUCGCUCCAAAACUGGAUACAAACUCGUGGGUACAAAACACAUUGUCUACUAGUAGUAUGAAUAUUAAAUUUGCUCGGUUUCUAAAUGCUAAAUCAGAGCUUGGGAUACACAGUAUCACUUCUAUCAAAGAAGAUGACUUUCCUACGUCCUCGGACGUACAUCCUUCAAGUCUUAUCAAGGCCGCCCAGCAAUACAAGCUACAAGGAAUGGCAUUUAAUAAACUAUGUUUACACAAUGCAAAAGUUUGUGAUGAUCUUCAAAUGAGCAUUGAUGCAAACAUAUGGAGAUAUUUGGAAAGGUUUUUUGAAGGAGUUUCGACAAAAAAGACAGAACGAAGCAACUCUACUACAUUUCAUACAAACUCAGCAGAAAUAAGCAGUCUUAAAACUGGGAGAGAGUCUAUGAAAAAUGGGAUUGUUACUGGGGAAAGCAACGGAGAAGAAUCCGAACAACACUCAGAUCCAGAGACUGAGCAUUACCUGACAGAUAUAGCAAAGGGCCAUGCUACAUCUGAACAAGAGUGUUAUUACUCUGAUGAGUACGAUUUGAGUGAGGACUUUGGGAAAGGUCAUCACGGUGGUAUUUCUUCAGGACCAGAAGGAUACAUGGAUCAGGAUUGGUAUCCUCUUAGCGAUACAAUCAGUGAUGCAACACUUCCAUCUGAAGCUUUUAAACAGAGACUUGUACUAACUGCCACUGAUGGUUUUGAAAACCAGCUUGAUCCAGCUAUAAGUGGAGAAGAAGAGAAACUAAUAACUGCCGUUCCUGUUAUGAUUCCAUCUUCAACGUCACAGCAGAAUCAUAACCCUGAAAAAUGGAGGAAGAAGAAUAAUAGUCGGAGUUCUGGCCCUUCAGCUGUUUCCCUGCAUUCACAAUCUUCAUCUCCACAUGAACAAUUAUCAGUAUCUCCUGUGGUUUACACCAGACCCUAUGAAAACCCUGCUUUGUCAAUCAGUCGUAAAACUGAACUGCUUUCUUCAAUGUACGAGUCUAUGAUAAGCAAUGGCAACAACAUUCAAAUUAUAACGUGUACAAUGAUUGUCCUGGGUCAUUAUUAUCCCUCUAUAAGUCUUCCUAUUGACGAUCAUCUGCUGGAACAUUGGCAAAAUUCAUAUCUGGAAUUGGUCAGUCGUUAUGAACUAUGGAACCAUUUCACUGAGAUUAUUAAUUUAAGCACACUUCCUUCCAUAAAGAAUAUGAACACUUCAUCCACCCUAAACACCUGUUGCGGAAUUUGCCAUAAACGAAUGCCAACUGCAAACCCAUGGAGUUGUUCAAAACAUUCCGAUAAUGAUCAUAAACAGGCAGGCAUGGGGGCUGGUAUAAAAUGUUCACUGUGCCAGUUAGUUGUCAAAAGUUUGUAUACAUGGUGCCAAGGAUGUUGUCAUGGUGGACAUAUAGAUUGCAUGAAAGAUUGGUUUAAUUAUCCACAUAGCAAAGGCAGAUGUCCAACAGGAUGUGGGCACAUAUGUGCUAGUUCUAGACAUAGACAACCAGUCAAAUAAAAUUGGUAUAUAUACGAACCUAAUUAUGUUUAUGCAAUUUUACACAUUUUUUCAUAUCACUGUCAAUUAUGCUCAAAAUGUAGUUGCUGGUCAUGACCAUAUGUAAUUACGGUAAAUCACAUCUUGGGCACUAAAGAAACAACUUCAAUAGCCUCUGAAUUUGACUCGUGCGUUUACUUACGCUCCCCGGGUAGAUAGCAAUGACAAUGGCGCAGAUUUGGUCGCUCCAGAAAUGUAUGUACCAAUGUGGAGGUAACUACCGUAGUUUUGUUCUCCUAGUUUACAUCAAGCUGUGCAAAGGGACUGAAACCCCAUGGGCAUGGUAUGUAUAUGCACUCGGCUAAUAGAACUAAAAUCAGGAUAGGCCCAACUCUCUUGUACACAUACUGAGAGUAGCAAGAUUUGUGGGUAGCACAUUACAUUCAAAACUGCAUCCUGGGCCUGGCACAAGGUCGUUUGAACCAGACCACCAGUCCUGGUUGCGAAGAAGGUAGUUAAUUAAUUGAGAGUCUGAAUCUAACACAGAGGUUGUGAUACAAACUAGAGCAAUUUAAUCUCACUGUUUUAUUUUUUUGUAGGCUAAACAAGAAAUUGUCAUGCAAUUGAAUCUAUUAUUAAUAUAUAUUUUCUUCACUUG